AUGAAGCAACCUCCAUGUUACGAGGACCCGACUCACCCUAAUCACGUCUGCCACUUGCAAAGGUCUCUCUACGGCCUGAAACAGGCUCCGAGGGCAUGGUUCAAGAGGCUGCGUGACUUUCUUCUUACCACAGGGUUUAAUGCGUCAAAGACGGAUGUCUCUCUCUUCUACUACAGCUCAGAUGGGUGUCAGGUUUUUCUCCUUGUUUACGUCGAUGACAUCAUUAUGAUGGGGAGCAAUGCUACACUGGUUAAUACUUUAUUAAGCCGGCUGGCUACUGCGUUCAAGAUCCGGGAUCUUGGCAAACUGGGGUUCUUCUUAUGCAUUGAGACUGUGGACACUAAAGGCAGCAUGAUCCUAUCCCAGCGUCGUUAUAUGUCUAAUUUGUUGAAUCAAGCUGUUAUGGUUGACUGCAAGCAACUAGCCACACCCGCAUCCACCACACAGGCCGUAACUUCAUCUGAUGAACCGUUUGAUAAUCUCACACAGUACCGUCGGAUUGUUGAGGCUUUACAGUACCUCACUCUUACUCGUCCGGAUCUAUCAUACGCAGUGAACCGUUUGUGUCAGUUUAUGCAUACUCUGACAGUUGAUCACUGGGCCAUGGUCAAGCGGGUCUUACGGUAUAUCAAAGGCACCUUGGAUUAUGGGCUUCGUCUUAGUUCUUCUCCGACUGCUACCAUUCACGCCUAUUCCGACUCUGACUGGGCCGGCUGUCCGAUUGAUAGGAAGAGCACUAGUGGGUAUGCGGUGUUUCUCGGGACUAAUCUCGUCUCUUGGCUAUCAAGGAAGCAACGGACUGUGGCCCGCUCUUCGACUGAAGCAGAAUAUAAAGCCCUAGCUGAUGUUGCCGCUGAAGUCACUUGGGUUGUCUCUCUUCUCCGUGAGCUUGGUCUACACACUGGGCAGCCUUCUACUCUAUGGUGUGAUAAUUUAGGAGCAACAUAUCUAUGUGCUAAUCCAGUUUUCCAUGCCAGGACGAAGCAUGUUGAAAUCGACUAUCAUUUCGUCCGUGAUAAGGUUGCCAGCGGGGACUUUGUGGUUAAUUUUGUAUCGACUAAAGAUCAGCUGGCCGAUGUCUUCACCAAGCCUCUUCCGGAACCCAGAUUUAUAGCUCUUCGAUACAAGCUCAACGUUGUGUCUCUAACACUGUGUGCUUGA